AUGCUUUAUAGAUCGCCGGAAGGAGGAAAGUGCUUGCAGAUUCUGAAGAGAUUUCAGGAAAGCAUUUCAGCGUUUGAAAUUUUCCAUGGGCAGAGACAUCUGGACAAAUGUCGUAGAGUGUUGGUUCUGGAUUCCUCGUUCAACCCUCCUCAUAUGGGCCAUUACACGCUAGUAGAAAGAGCAGUGAAAUACUAUGGGAGCACUGACUUGCAGGUCAUUCUCCUUUUGUCGAUAAACAAUGCGGAUAAAGAAAUCAAACCAGCGUCGUUAGACAAGAGAAUGGAUAUGAUGUGUAUCAUGGCUGACCUGCUGAGCAAAAACUCCCUUCCUGUUUCUGUGGGUAUUACAAAGUACGCCAAGUUCUUCGAAAAGUCGACUGCAAUAAGCAAAGAACUGGGCCACAGCCCCAAGAUAAGCUAUCUAGUUGGAUUUGAUACUAUUGUUAGAGUUUUCGACUCAAAGUACUACGCGCCGCUAUCGGUAGCAGAUGCCCUGAGGGACUUUAUGAGCGAGACAGAAUUUUUUUGUUUGACUAGAGAUGGUGAGACAGCCGUUCAGCAGCAACUACAGUAUCCAGGAGACAUCGCGAAGGGAGUCUAUGAGCCAAACAUUCCAAAGUCCUGGCAUUCCAAAGUUGUUGUUGAAAAAGGUAAUGAGUUUUUUUCCCAUGUUUCAUCCUCAAGUUUGAGAAAGACCUUGUACGAUCCAAAUAAAGAUGUGUCUGCAUCAGUCCCUCCAGAAAUCUACCACUAUAUUAAAAAUCAGUUUCCCUAUGAUAUUUUCAAGCACUAA